AAUACCAUCGACUGUCAGGAAUGGAAUGGAACAGUUUCUCCUUUGACUCUAGCACAUGAAAGGAAAUAAAUUGUAUUCAGACGAAUCAACUAGUCACUGCCGCUGAUUAUUAUAUCCACAAUUGAUUAAAUAUGCAUUCAAGUAAAUCACUAUCCAUCAACCCAGAUUGAUUUUUUAAAUAUCGAACCAUAUAACCGUGUAAACAGCCAUUCAGUCCAUGGCAAUCCGCCGAUAGCGAAGCCCCAGGAUGGAACUGUCCUACCAUCGAAGUCUACCUCCGGAGUUGCAAAUCAUGCCCUUCCAGCUGCGUUGCAUGGAGCUGAUAGGACUUAUUGGGCCCAAAGGGCGCUUCUAUCGAUUCGUUCUGGCAUUUGGCUGGGGAACGUUCGUCAUUCUGCUGCCCAAGUCGGUCCUUGGGAUUGGCAGUUCUGAGCUGGACGCCAUCAUCAAAGGUUUUGCGGAAUUGCUAUUCGAGGGAAAUCUGUUCAUUGCUGUGGCUUCCUUGGUGCCGAAAUUGCCACUCGUCAAACGACUGCUGCACGUGCUAAGUGAAAUCUUCCGACAAGCAACGCACGAUAAGCACGACGCCAAGGACCACUGCUACGCGUUGAUUUGCGAGCAGAAUUCCAAAAUCGACAAGUUUUGCAAGUUCUACUUCAUCUACUGCUGCUUCGGACCGUUCGUUUUCUGCAUUCCGGCCAUGGUUACCAGCUAUGUGCGAUACUUUGACACCACCAACAACGGCACCAAUGCUAAUGGAUCGGAACAUCUUCGGUUCGAACUUCCCAUGGAACAAGAAUUCUACUGGCUACCAAUUCGCACAAAUUUCGCAUGUUACCAUCUCUUUCUGGCGCUAUCUCUGUCGGCCUAUUGCGUCUGCUCGUACAUGUCGGUGAUCAAGGUUUCGACGCUGCUCAUCAUGAUCAAAUACUGCUCAUUAGUCUACCGAUUGGUGGCGAUUCGGAUCCGAGAAUUGGGAAAAUAACCCCCAGGACGAAAACAGGACGAUACGGAUGAGGAUGAGCGGACGAAGAUGGUGAUGGUGAAGGAAGUCGUCGAGAUGCACGAAAAGGCUUUGGAAGCGACCGAUCUGGUAGAGAAGGUAAUCAACAUCCCUAUCGCAAUGCAAUUUAUGGCAUGCAUCCUAUUCUGGUGUAUGACCAUGGUCUAUGUCUCCACGAACAUCAAUUUCAACUUGUUCAACGUGAUGGUUCUCUUUUGGUUGUCUUUGAUCGAAACGUACGGGUACUCGUACUUGGGGACGGAGUUGAGCGAAGAUGCGAAAGCCGUAGGCCACGCCGUCUAUGAUCUACCGUGGUAUGAAGAUAGCGCUCAGCUACAACGAUACUACCGACUGAUGAUCCAGCGUUCCCAGCAGAACAUCGGAGUUACGGCGGCCAAGUUCUUCAUCGUCGGGAUCGAGAAGUUCGGAAAGGUCGUCAAUCUCUCUUAUUCAUACUACCUAGUGCUCAAAGAUGUUCUGGACCGGCUUUGAUUACAAUAAACAGAAUUCUUUAAACUCAA